AUGGAGGUUGAUUCAAAUGUUGGUGACAAUCCUUUAGUAAAUAAGGGUGAAGAAGUUGAAGAACCGAAUAAGGAGAGAGCUACGAGAACAUUAGAAAUUAAUGAUCAAGCAGGGAUUGGGGUGUCUAGGAACUUUCAUUCAAUGGUUGUUGAAGCGGGAGGAUACGAGUCAUUGACAUUUGAUGAGCGAGAUGCAAUGAAUUACAUUGAGAGAGCUAGACGAUUGAGGCUUGGGGAAGGUGAUGCCGAAUCAAUUCAAAGUUAUUUUAUGAGGAUGCAAGCACAUAGUGAGAGAUUCUUUUAUAUGAUUGAUGUUGAUGAGGAGUUUCACAUUAGAAACUUGUUUUGGGCUAAAGCAAGGAGUCAGACGACUUAUGAAGCAUUUGGAGAUGUCGUUUCAUUUGACACAACUUAUCUGACAAACAAAUAUAACAUGCCAUUUGCUCCAUUUGUUGGAGUUAAUCACCAUGGACAGUCUAUUUUGCUUGGUUGUGGAUUAUUAUCUAGUGAAGAUACUAACACAUUUGUUUGGCUAUUCAAGUCGUGGUUAAGUUGCAUGUCAAAUCAUCCUCCAAAAAAGUUGAAAGGAUAUGCUCAGUAUGAAGCCAUAAAGUUGGUUAUGCAAAAUGCAGUUUAUGACUGUUUGACAAGAGUUGAAUUUGAGAGUAAAUGGGAAGAGAUGCUUGCAACAUUCAAACUUUAUGAUAAUGAGUGGUUGGGGGUACUAUAUGAUGAGCGGCAUCAAUGGCAAGCAUACACUAAUACAAAAUUCAAAAAAGUUCAAGGAGAGUUGAAGAUAUUAGUUUACUGUCAGCCGUUGUUUUUGAAAGAGAAGGGAUCAAUUUCUACAUAUAAUGUCCAAGACGCAAUCAUGGUUUGUAAGAAGAUGAAGCAUGUGGACUUUGUUGUCUAUUUUAAUUCAACUGAAUGUGAAGUUCAAUGCAUGUGUCGGUUGUUUGAGUAUAGAGGCAUUAUGUGUGCUCACUCACUCACUGUGCUUGUGAGAAGGUACAUAAAUGAGGUGCCAAGUAAAUACAUUAUGCCGCGUUGGAGAAAAGAUUUGGAUAGAGAGUACGCAUACAUCAAAACCACAUACACUGGUUUUGGGAAUGAUUUUAAUGCAAGUUGCUAUGAGAGGAUGAACAAAAAAUUGAUUGCCAUUGUACAACUUGUUGGUAACUCUGAAGGCAAAACUAAUAUCAUAGACCUUGGGUUGGAUGAAAUAAAAGAGAGAGUCAUGAAAGAAGAAUCCAAUGAUGAGAGUAAUUUACCAUGUUCCAGAAAAAGUACAAUUCGCGCCGGUUCUACACAAGGAGCUACUAGUAGGAAGGUGAUCAGUCCUUUGGUUGCUCGGCGAAGAGGCCGUCCCGUUACCAAACGAAAGGUUGCCAAAGUAGAUCAAAUUGUGAAUCGGUUCAAGGCUGCUAAGUUACUUCGAUUUGGAGCUCAAGCUCAAGCUAAAGCUAAAGCUACUGCAUAUACAUUGUAUUAUCCUUAUAUGGUUGGCAUGCAAAAUAGUAUGUAUGUACUGGUGGCUAAUGGUAUUAGAGGCACGUCUCUUACUCCAUCGAACUUUAUAAGUGGCACACCGGGAAGUUUGAUGAGUGCUCCAACUUAG